GAUAGCAUAAAUGAUCAAAUUCUCUUAGAAACAGUUGAGUAAUGUUAUAUGAAUCUUGGCGUGGUAUGGCUAUCUGAGUUUCUGUGCCUGCUUUUUUAGGUUCAUAGUAAUGUUAUAUGUUGGGGUCUUAAAGGGUUUAUCGAUUCUCUUUUCAUCGUUGUGUCACAUGUAUGAUUCAUCUGGGUCUCUACUUCAAGCAAAGCAAAGACGACGAUUCUUCCGGAUCCUUUAAAACCAAAGAACUAUGGUAUUUAAGCAGCAAGUAAACCAUGGUAGAUAACUAUGGCAAGACUUGAUAUUCUAUUAGGUAAAAUUGUGAAGGCUGAGAAACAUCCUAAGGCAAAUGCAUUGUAUGUAGAA